UCACCCCCAGCAGAGGAGCUGAGGAUCCUUCGCUCUUGUUUCUCCUCCUGUUUUACCACCUUCCCCACUGCUCUCUCGCCCUAACCCUCUGCAGGCAACACGAUGAGCUGGCGCUUCACCCAGUUUGGGGAUGGCAAUUUCAGUUCUUCUUCUGCUCACUGUGGCAUGCUUGGCGGUGGGAGAAGCUCAUGUACCAUGAGCCAGUAUGAAGACAACAGAGGACAAGGAAGAUACCGUGGUUAUGGGUAUGGUUACAGCAGCAGGAGUCUCCACAACCUUGGUGGCUUUAGGAAUGUUUUUACCAGCGGAGGCUACGGAGGAGAAGGAAGAGGAGAUGGGAUGUACCUGGGGUUUGGUGGUAGGGGACAUCUGGAUAGGGGCUAUGGUAGAACACGGUAUUUUGUGGGAGCUUCUCAAGGGGGUGAAGCACGGCUUGGUAGCACGUAUGGAAGAGUUGCAGGCAGGGAGAUGCUUGGUGGAAGCAUCUUUGGUGAAGGAGGGGUUGGACAGGGCUUGGGGCAGGCUGGUGUUAUCAGAGGCAUUGAGGAGGUCCGUGUCAACACCAACCUGCUGAGGCCAAUAGAAGUACAAGUUGACCCUGAGUUCCAGAGAGUGAGAUCAGAUGAGAAAGAGCAGAUUAAGGAUCUCAACAACAAAUUUGCAUCAUUCAUCGAUAAGGUCCAGUGUCUUGAGCGACAGAACCAGGCCCUGCUUGCCAAAUGGGAACUGCUGCAGCAGCAAAGUGUCCGACCAGAAGAGAGCAGAAACAUCACCUCCUUCUUCCAGUCUUACAUCAGUAACCUGCAGAGGCAGCUGGAAACGCUCCAGAGCCAGCGGGAGCAGCUGGAUCCGGAAGCUUACAAUAUGCUUCAGCUUGUGGAGGAUUAUAAAAAGAGAUUCGAGGAUGAGAUCAACAACCGCGCCUCCAAAGAAGAGGAGUUCGUGGAGCUUAAAAAGGAAUUGGACAGUGCUUACAUGGGAAAAAUGGAAUUUGACAUUCGGGUGGAAAUACUGAAGCAGGAGCUUGAGUUCCUCAGAUGCUUAUAUGAAGCUGAGCUGUCCCAGCUACAAACAGUAGUUGGCAACACCAAUGUCAUUCUGUCCAUGGACAACAGUAGAGAAGUGAACAUGGACGGCAUCAUUGAAGAAGUCAGGCAGGAGUAUGAGACAAUUGCUCAGAGGAGCAAAGCUGAAGUAGAUGCCAUGUACCGGGGCAGGUACCAGGACCUGCAGAACAUGUGGGUAAAUCAACGUGAGCAACUGAGCACCAGUUAUAAGGAAAUCCAGGAACUCAUCAGGCAGAUCCAAAGGCUUCAACCAGAAAUUGAAAUUGCAAGGAAAAGGAAUGCCAGCCUCCAAGAGAGCAUCCAAGAUGCUGAGCAGCGUGGGAGCAAUGCUGUCAGGGAUGGCCAGGAGAAGCUCCAGGAGCUGGAAAACACCCUGCAGCAGGCCAGCAAUGACCUCGCUCGUCUUCUGCAUGAUUAUCAGGAGCUGCUGAACACGAAACUGGCCUUGGAUAUUGAAAUUGCCAUGUACCGAUCACUCCUGGAGGAGGAGGAGACCAGGAUACAGGAAGGGUCUCCUGCCACCAUCUGUGUCGUUGACCACAAUCCAAGUGCUGCUGGAGUCUAUGGAGUCAAGUUUGCAGGCUUGAAAAGAGGGAAAGGGGGGGUGAGCUCUGGAGGUGCCACCAUGAAUCCUGGAGGAGAAAAAGGGGGAAGCUCCGGAGCAUGGGGAGUGAGCUCAGGAAGUGGUGGGUCCAUAUGUGGAGGUGGAGGCUCAAAAGGAGGCUCAGGAUAUGGAGGAGGAGUAAGCUCAGGAGGUGGUGGGUCCAUAUAUGGAGGAGGAGGAGGCUCAAAAGGAGGCUCCAUCUCUGGAGGAGGAGGAAGCUCAGGAAGUGGUGGGUCCAUAUGUGGAGGAGGAGGCUCAAAAGGGGGCACCAUUUGUGGAGGAGGAGGAAGCUCUGGAAGUGGUGGGUCUAUAUGUGGAGGUGGAGGCUCAAAAGGAGGCUCAGGGUAUGGAGGAGGAGGAGGAGGAAGCUCUGGAAGCGGUGGGUCCAUAUAUGGAGGAGGCUCAAAAGGAAGCUCAGGAUGUGGAGGAGGAGGAGGAAGCUCAGGAGGUGGUGGAUCCAUAUGUGGAGGAGGAGGCUCAAAAGGGGGUUCCAUCUCUGGAGGAGGAAGCUCUGGAAGUGGUGGGUCUAUAAGUGGAGGAGGAGGCUCAAAAGGGGGCUCCAUCUGUGGAGGAGGAGGAAGCUCAGGAGGUGGUGGGUCCAUAUGUGGAGGAGGAGGAGGCUCAAAAGGAGGCUCCAUCUCUGGAGGAGGAAGCUCAGGAAGUGGUGGGUCCAUAUGUGGAGGAGGAGCUCUGGAAGUGGUGGAUCCAUAUGUGGAGGAGGAGGUGGAGGUGGAGGAGGAAGCUCAAAAGGAAGCUCCAUCUCUGGAGGAGGAGGAAGCUCAGGAAGUGGUGGGUCCAUAUAUGGAGGAGGCUCAAAAGGGGGCUCCAUUUGUGGAGGAGGAAGCUCUGGAAGUGGUGGAUCCAUAUGUGGAGGAGGAGGUGGAGGUGGAGGAGGAAGCUCAAAAGGGGGCUCCAUCUCUGGAGGAGGAGGAACUUCUGGAAGUGGAGGAAGUUCAGGAGGUGGUGGGUCCAUAUGUGGAGGAGGAGGAGGCUCAAAAGGAGGCUCCAUCUCUGGAGGAGGAAGCUCAGGAAGUGGUGGGUCCAUAUGUGGAGGAGGAGGUGGAGGUGGAGGAGGAAGCUCAAAAGGGGGCUCCAUCUGUGGAGGAGGAGGAAGCUCAGGAAGUGGUGGGUCCAUAUGUGGAGGAGGAGGAGGCUCAAAAGGGGGCUCCAUCUCUGGAGGAGGAGGAACUUCUGGAAGUGGUGGGUCUAUAA